AUGGCAUCGAACGAUACCUCAUCAUUGAUGUUGAGAGGAUGGACUUUUGUUGCUGUUUCCGUUGCUGUUGUAUCUGUCAUAGACCGAUUGGCUAUAAAAAGUGAUGGUACGUCAAGAAGCCAGAACGACAAUCGGGAAAUACUGGGCCCGUGGAUUUCAAAGCAGGCUUGGGGAUUCUUUGGAGCACCCUCUGUUCUCUAUGGGCCGCCGGUAACAGCAAAACUCUCGGCUGGCUAUAAGGGUCAAAAUGAGGUCUAUCUAGCACGUAUACCACAUGGCCUUACAGGAUCUUCUGGGUGGUCUACUUUAAUGAACGUCAUCCGCCCUGAACCAUUUUUAUUUCUGGAAAAUGGCAGUGCCACUUCAGAUAGCCUAAGCAUCAAGGCAAAGGCUGGAAUUUCGUGGGAUGCAAUGGCCGAUACUCCACUUGGGCCACUGACCUACCACGAGGGAAAAUACUGUGUUAAGAUCUCACGAGCAACUCUGAUGUCUCUCUUCACCCUAACAAACGCACGACCAAUUUUCAGUUACUCAUCUGCGGCUGGCUAUCGCUCUGCAUAUCCAUCGUAUGGUGGUCAGUGGAGUAUUUCGUGGCCGAUAGGAAGACCAUGUAUAGUUUCACUCGCCCCACACGAUAGCCAUACCGCGGAAACCGACGUUUACCCUCCUGUCUUUCCUGUACGAUUAGACAAGUGCGUUGAAAUGCUAGCUGGAAUUAUCUCUGCGCCAGAUGGAUGGAAGCUUGCAUUUCCGGGGCGAGUCAAGGAGAAAGGUUCAUGGCGGCUUUGUGAAAUCAAAAAGGGGUUUCCCGGAGCUCACGGCAGUCGUCAUCUUUAUAAUAUGAUGGGUGGAAAAGUCUUUGAGGUAGACCUACUUGUUCUACAAAAGUUGCAUGCCGACUUCAAAGAACCGUUGCGCAAGAUACAGGUUCGAACAGUUUCUUCGCCAACGGAAACUUCAGACAUCCAUAUUUUUGAGCACGAAGACAACCUCCUUGCCCACGCCCUUGAUUGCCUUCCGUGGACGUCCUUGUCGUGGUCGAUGCAUCGUGGUAUGCGAGACAUACUUGUAGCUUACGGAAAAUCUGUCAUGGACCAAUAUCGUACGGCUUUUGCGGCAUUUCUACAACAAAACGUAGUCAAUGUGGAAACGACUUUGAUGCGAAAAGGCUGGAACAAGGAAUUCAUUCAUUCCUCCAUGGGUGAUAUGGCUCAAUCAUCAGUCUUGUCUGGUGGAGGUAACAGCGGAGACCUUGUUCGCAUUGUCGUAGGCAUCGUUGAUGCGAUUCUAGAGAUGUCGGGGCCAGGAACGGAUACUGUCAACAAGGAUGAAACUAAAUUCUGGCGCAAAGCAGUUUUGAACAAAAAGCAAAAUGAGUUGCUGAAAUGGGAUCUCUCAAACCAGGAAUUUGUUGGGCUAGCGAAAUUCUUUGUGCUGGAGUGGUCACAAGAGCUCGAUUACCAGCUUUACCACGAGUUGCCUGUUGACCUGUAUCUAGCAUGA